AUGAGCAAUCAGUGGGUUAUCACUUUAAUUGUAGGCUUCUUAGCUUUAUCUAAAGCCACCAUUAUUUCUCAAAAAUAUGCUGCGAAACUUGACUUUAACGAUAAGAAAUCAAACAAUGACCUUUUAGCGGAACAUAAUGCUCAGUCGUUGACUGAGUGCGCCGCAAUGUGUCAAGGGGAGUGCGUGUUUUUUGGUUUUAAUCCUAAAAUGAAAAAAUGCCGUACCCACAAAAAAAGUCUAACGUCUGGUACCUCUGAGGAGGCCGGCUGGAGAUACUACUCAGAUAACGAUUUUUCUAGCAUGCCCAAAGAUUGCAAAGAUCUUCAAGAAAAUGGACAAACCAUCACAGGGGUGUAUGAUAUAUACCCCUACAGAACAUUAACCAUUCCAAUAAGUGUCCACUGCGACAUGACCACGAUGGGCGGUGGAUGGACGGCAAUUCAGAAACGCGUAGACGGAUCCGUGAUCUUUGACAGGAACUGGACGGAUUAUAAGAAUGGCUUUGGUUCACCAGAACAGGAUGUCUGGAUUGGAAAUGACGUAAUCCAUAAAUUAACAAAAGAAAACACCUCAUCCCUGUAUGUGUCCAUCACUCUCCAGAAUGGUACAACUCUGUAUGAAAUGUACGAUCGAUUUUCUGUCUCCAAUGAAACAGGAAAAUAUCAACUCUUUCUUGCAGGACCUGCCACAGGGACACUAGGUAAGUGGGACAGUAUGUUAAAUACAGGAGACAGUAUGUUAAACACAGGUUUUUCUGACUACGAUCUGUCUGGGAUGUCCUUCACCACCCCAGACAGAGAUAACGACAGGUGGCCUGGUGGUAACUGUGCUACUUGGUCUGGUUAUAGAGGAGGCUGGUGGUUUAACGAUUGUCACCUGGCCUUCCUUAACGGUCAAUGGUCCCCGGAGACUGUUCUGGCCAUAUCCCACAGAUGA